AUGCAUACCCAAGCGUUGUAAGACGUACCUGUGUUACCAUUUGUACACAUCGCGCGACGGGUAGUUUCCUCUGAAGUGACCUGUGGAGUGGUGCUCCGAACCACGCAAGACUUCUUCAUCAUAACGCCAAAUGAAGCACUUCUGAUGCCUUCCUUAGUAUUAUAGAGGGUGCGUUGGAUACCUCUUGUUUUUGUGCAAGCGCAGCAGCAUACCCGUUAACCGCAUGCAUACGAUAGGCAUUUACAUGUGAUGAUCUUGCAUAUUCAGGUUCACUCCGCAUUUACCUGUCCCAUCGAAACCGUUUACCCUUAUGGCCGUCUAGCGGAGAACCACUGGCUCCAUUCAGCUCCAUCGCGUUCUAUAGGCAUGGAUCUUUACGACGAGCUGGAGUUAAUCGGCAAAGGGACGUAUGGCAAGGUGUUCAAGGUCCGUAACAAAUCUGAUGGACAAGUGUAUGUGAUCAAAAAAGUGCAAUUUGAUGGGGCAGCCCAGUCGGAAGCCGAGGCAGCCCUUCGCGAGGGCCAGGUGCUGAGCCUGCUGCGCCAUCCCCAUGUAGUCCCAUACAAGGAGUUCUUCAAGCACACCGACGGUGAUGUGUGUUUGGUGAUGGCCCUGUGCGAGGGCGGGGACCUCCUCCGCUACAUUAGGGAGCUAAGGAAGCACGGCAAGACGGUUCCGGAGCCGCAAGUGUGGCAGUGGCUGGUGCAACUGCUGCUAUCUCUGUCGUACGUUCAUAGCAAGCGCAUCCUACAUCGCGACGUCAAGACGCAGAACAUCUUUUUAUCGGAAGGCAAGGUGCUUCUAGGGGACUUUGGUUUGGCGAAACAGCUGCAGCGGACGUUUGAGAUGGCGCGUACGCCCAUUGGCACGCCGUACUACAUGGCCCCCGAGAUCUACGAGGAGCAGCCGUACAGCUUCAAAAGCGACGUGUGGGCGUUGGGCUGUGUGGUGUACGAGAUGAUGACGGGCAAGGCGGCCUUUGCUGCGGAUAACUUGUCUCGGGUGGUACUGCGGGUCAUUCGCGGCCAGUACGACCCCCUUCCCGAGUCGUACAGUUCCGCUCUCCGUGCCGUUGUGACCUCCAUGCUGUGCAAGGAGGUGCGAGCCAGACCCGACGCCAACACCCUGCUCACGGUGCCGGCGGUGGUGCCGCAUGUGCAGUCGUACCUGGAGUCCCUGACCACGGAGGGCCCCGGGGGGUGGGCCACGUGGCGCAUGAAGCUGCCGCUAGCAGCCAUCAUGCAGAUGAGCCAAGCCCUAGAGGCAGCCGGCGUGCCCCUUCCCUCCUCCGCCCCUCCUCCUCCCUCGGACGCCGACCCUGCCAACCCUCGCGCCUCCUACGAUGGUUUCUCCGCCGCCACUGCUACUGCUACUGCCGUGACCGCCACUACCGGAACCCCCGCCGCUGCUACUGCCGACCUGCCAAGCCAGAAGCCGGAAGGAGGGGUGGCUGCAGGGCCUGCAGCAGUUGGAGGAGCAACAGGAGGUAACACUCGUGCGGGAAAGCUGCCGCCGCUGCCCGGGGGAGGGGCAGCGGGGGGCAGGUUGCCGCCCAUUCGUACGCCGUACGGCCUCGCCUCUCCAUUCAUGGUCGGCGGGCUGUACGCUCCGGAUAAGUACGCGGAGUUGCAGGUGCUGGCGCAGCAGAUGAUUGCCAUCCGCAGCAGUCAGACCGGAGAAGGCUCCGCGCCGCAAUCCGCAAACACCACCCCAACCCACGCCAACCGCCGCCAUAACAACAACGGCAACGCCUUCGCAGCUGCAACAGCUACAUGCGCAGAGGGCAACGCUGUAGCUAAUGGCGGUGGCAGUAGUAGCGUUGGAGGCAGUAGCUAUACGUCGUACGGUAUUUCCGUGCACGAGGAGGAAGAGGCGGCUGUAGCAGCAGCAGCGGAUGUACGGCAAGGCGGAGCGGUUGCGGAGGCGGUUGCUAUGUCGUACGACGGUUGUACGGAAUCGGCGGAGGUUCGAGCGUUAGAUCGGACGCUCCUUCAUACUCUGGAGGUUGCACGCAAGGCAGCUGCUGACUCCCCAACCGCAGCAGCCAGCGAGGGAGGCUCCGCAGCAGCGGCCAUAGAUGAGGCAUGGCUGGCAGCAGGACUGCCGCAGGGGGGCUUUGGUUUCGGAGCCGCUCCUGCUGCUGCUGCUGCCGCUGGUGGUGCUGCUGGUGCGUCGCACCACCACCACCACCACCAUCACCACCACCAUAAGCACGCGGCGCCGGAUCAGGAGCACGAGGAGGAGGAUGACUACGAGGAUGACACGUUUGAGGAGGAUGAUGGCGAGGACGAUGACGGCUUUGCGUCGUUGUCGCAGGUGACGCUGCACACCCAGUCGCUCAGCCAGCGGCGCGCCAACCUGGAGCGGCGCCUGGAGGAGCGGCUGGGGGAGCCACUCAUGCGGCAGGUCAUGCAGGUCGUCGCCUCCGCCCGCCAGGCCAUCUCAGCAGCAGGUGGUUUCGGAGCCGGUGCCUCAGCUGCCACUGAGGUAGCGCUGGCGGCAGCGGAGGUGCAGCUGCGGAGACAGCUGGACUCGCUGCUUCCGCCGGCCGAGGGAGGAGGGGGAGG